ACGGUGUUCGUCUAUUCCUUCGUUGUCAUCUGGGCGCACAAGAACUUCUCUGGUGCUAAACACACACUCGGAAAACCGAUUUACAAUUUUUAACGACCGUUUCGUUUUGCAAAUAUUCGCUGUGGAGGUUUUAAAGGUGCCGCGCGACCAUGGAGAAGAUAUCAAGUAGUAAAAACGGUAAUAUUAGUAGUAGUAAGAGGAACAACAGCCUGUUGUCAAUAAUGCGCGACUGGCAGACGGCAUGCUACGGCAUCGAAAACUCUAUGUUGGACGCUGAGCCCUCGCAAUACUCCAUCUCUCUUUGCCCUGGGCCUCAGUGGUGGUCCGAUGUCCCCCAUGCCGCAAUCGUAGCCAAACGCAACAGAGAGGGCAGCAGCGGCAUGGGCAAGCUUAUUCAAUCGGAGCUCUCUGUACUGGAAUCACAACCAGUGCAUGAAUUCGAACUUUUGGAGGAUGUCAAAAAUCAUUAUGCGGUACGGAUUACGUUUGGGAUGCAGAUCACGGCUGACGUGGACAUACAAUGGGAUACAAUAUUGUCAGGACGUAAACUCUACAUACAGGUGGCAGAUGCACAAAGACCAGUUGGAUCAAAAGAAGGUUUUUUGGCCAUGCUGGAAUACGCGGAAGAAUAUUUAAAUGUAUCUCAUAUCAUUGUCUGCUUUGCUAAGAAUCAUCCUGAACGUAAUGUACUGGUCAGAGGUUUCAUGUUUUUGGGAUUUUCGUUACAACCUCCAGGGCUCAACAAUUGUACCACAUGCUGCUAUUGAUAACUGUAACCAUUACAUGGUGUACGAUGUCGAAUCAUAAUUUCUUUAAGUUUCUAUCAUUCUUGAAAGUAUAAAAAUAAUUUCAAAAUUAUAAAUAUUUAAACUAGGAUACAUAGUUGAAUUCGAUUGUCAAUGCUGCCACUAGCCCUCUUUGUUGCUCCUUAACAUUAUUAUUAUUAAAUGUGUAAAUUGAUGCUUAUUUAAUCAUACAAUAAUUAAGUAGUUUAAUUACUCUAUAUUUUAAAAUCAUAUUUUGCUUUUGUUUGUUACUUACAUAGUUACAUAAUUUUUUUUUAACAAUCAUGUAAAUGAAAUUACAACUUUUUUUCUAAUAUGUCUCAAUUUUUAUUUUUAGAUUAAGAAUAAUUUAUAGUUAUAUAAAAAAAAAAAUAAUAAUUAUAUAUUUAAAUGGGUAUCAA